AUGAUGCAAGAAAUAAAUCUAAGUUAGAAUAACUCCAAUGAUCAAAAGGUUCUGUUAAUUAUAGACAAAAAAAAUUUAGAACCCAUCCUAAAUUUCAUGGAAAAAUUGAAUGAAAUUAGUUCAUAGAAAUCUAACACUGCGACCUUAAAGAGGAGAGUAGUGCCAUUUUUUAUGAAUUAAUUUUAUCAUUGGUCUGUGAAUAGAAAACUAACAUAAGCAGUUAUUUACUUGAAAUACCUCAAAACAAAAAAACAAUCUUAGCAAAAGAAAUUUGAACUUGGUGACCUUAAAGAGCUUUUCAACAAUCAAGACUUAUUUAAUCCUGAUUUAGAAUUAUAUAGGAAUCAGGCUAGAGAGUCAUGGAAAGUGUUUCUAAAGGAUUAUGCAGCCUUAUCUGUAUAAAGAAACCAAAAGAUAAAGAGUGGUGUAACUAAAUAAAACUAUCUUAAUUACAUUCCAAUCUUAAUUGAAGAAUUGGAUUAGAUUUUCCCCUAUGAUAAACUACUGUCUAAGUACAAGCUGCCCUCUGUUAACCCUGAAAUGAUAAAUACUGACGAUAUGAUUUAGCUCGACAGUAAUCCCCCGUAUUCGAUGAUUAAAGAAAUCGUUUGA